CGGCCGGUUUGGGGGGUGCGUUGCCCGGAGACGGAAAGUUUGGGAGCCGGAGCGGGCUCAGCGGCGGCCCCGGGAAGGGCGUCCAGGGGGCGGCUGCCCUGGGGAUGGGGAAGGAGCAGGAGCUGCUGGAGGCCGCCCGCACCGGGCACCUCCCGGCCGUGGAGAAGCUGCUGUCCGGGAAGCGGCUCUCCUCAGGCUUCGGGGGCGGCGGCGGCGGGGGCGGCUCCGGGGGCGGCGGCGGCGGCGGCGGCGGCGGCGGCGGCGGCCUGGGCUCCUCCAGCCAUCCCCUCUCCAGUCUGCUCAGCAUCUGGAGAGGGCCAAAUGUGAACUGUGUUGACAGCACUGGGUAUACACCUCUGCACCAUGCUGCUUUGAAUGGCCAUAAGGAUGUGGUCGAGGUUCUUCUGAGGAACGAUGCCCUGACCAACGUGGCUGAUUCUAAAGGCUGUUAUCCUCUGCACUUGGCAGCCUGGAAAGGAGAUGCCCAGAUAGUGCGGUUGCUCAUCCAUCAAGGGCCCUCACACACCAAAGUCAAUGAACAGAAUGCUCUUGCGAUCAAAGAACUCAAAAAGUACGGCCCCUUUGAUCCUUAUAUCAAUGCCAAGAACAACGACAAUGAGACAGCCCUGCAUUGCGCCGCGCAGUACGGCCACACGGAGGUGGUGAAGGUCCUCUUAGAGGAGCUAACAGACCCUACCAUGCGCAACAACAAAUUUGAGACACCUCUGGACCUGGCUGCACUGUAUGGGAGACUGGAGGUGGUGAAGAUGCUCCUCAACGCACACCCCAACCUCUUGAGCUGCAACACUAAGAAGCAUACCCCUCUGCACUUGGCAGCAAGGAACGGCCACAAAGCUGUGGUCCAGGUCCUCCUGGAUGCUGGCAUGGAUAGCAACUACCAGCCACGCCAAACCUGGGUCACUGUUCUGACGACGUCCUGCUCUGCGCUCUCGUUUGCUUUCCAGACGGAGAAGGGCAGUGCUUUGCAUGAGGCUGCUUUGUUUGGCAAGACCGAUGUGGUGCAAAUCCUGCUGGCUGCAGGAAUUGAUGUCAACAUAAAAGAUAACCGUGGACUGACUGCCCUAGACACUGUCCGGGAACUGCCUUCUCAAAAGAGCCAGCAGAUAGCAGCACUUAUUGAAGAUCACAUGACUGGAAAAAGAAGUGCAAAAGAGGUAGAUAAAACCCCCACACCCCAGCCACCUCUCAUCUCCAAUAUGGACUCCAUAUCACAGAAGUCUCAGGGGGACGUGGAGAAAGCAGUGACUGAACUGAGCAUCGAUUUUGACACGAACGCUGAAGAGGAGGGUCCCUACGAGGCGCUGUACAAUGCUGUCUCCUGCCAUUCGCUGGACAGCAUGGCCAGUGGGCGAUCGUCUGACCGGGAGUCCGUGAACAAGGAGGCCGAGGCUGCAGGAGUGAAAGCUGCUGGAGUGAGGCCUAGGGAACGUCCACCACCUCCAGCCAAGCCCCCGCCUGACGAAGAGGAGGAAGACCGCAUAGAUAAGAAGUGUUUUCCCUUGACAGCUUCUGAGGUCUUGGCCAUGAGACCCUGGAUUCAGGGGAGCGCAGCUAGGGAAGAGGACGAGCAUCCUUAUGAGCUGUUGUUAACAGCAGAAACAAAGAAGCUGGUGUCAGUGGACAGAAAAACAAAAGACCACAGGCGGAGCAGCAGCAGCCGGAGCCAGGACUCUGCGGAGGGGCAGGACGGGCAGGUCCCAGAGCAGUUCUCAGGUCUCCUCCACGGCUCCUCCCCGGUGUGUGAGGUGGGGCAGGACCCUUUCCAGCUGCUCUCUGCCGCUGGCCAGAGCCAUCCAGAAGGGUCCCCCUCACAGGGUGCCUGCCACGAGGCCAGCAUGCAGCUGGAGGAGACAAGUGUGCACGCUCCUGGAGCCUCCCCGCCCAGUGUCCUGGACCAGAGUAAAAGAGUGGGCUAUCCAGCAGGCCUGCCCACGACCAACAGCCAAUCGUACCCCGAAACUUUGACUCACACAGCAUCUUCACACCCUGGUGGUGCCGAGGAAGAAGGAGACCGGAGCGGGGCCAGGAGCCGGGCCCCUCCCACCAGCAAACCCAAAGCUGAACUCAAACUCAGCCGCAGCUUGUCCAAGUCUGACUCCGAUCUCCUGACCUGCUCACCCACGGAGGACGCUACAAUGGGGAGCCGGAGCGAAUCCUUGUCCAACUGCAGCAUUGGGAAGAAGAGGCUAGAGAAGUCGCCCUCUUUCGCCUCGGAGUGGGAUGAGAUUGAGAAAAUCAUGAGCUCUAUUGGAGAAGGGAUCGACUUUUCUCAGGAACAACAGAAGAUCUCAGGUUCGCGGACGCUGGAGCAGAGCGUCGGGGAGUGGCUGGAGGCGGUGGGGCUGCAGCAGUAUGAGAGCAAGUUGCUUCUGAAUGGCUUUGACGAUGUCCGCUUCCUGGGGUCUAACGUGAUGGAAGAGCAAGACCUGCGGGAGAUUGGCAUCAGUGACCCACAGCACCGGCGGAAGCUGCUCCAGGCCGCACGGUCCCUGCCCAAGGUGAAGGCACUGGGCUAUGAUGGGAACAGCCCCCCAUCGGUGCCCUCCUGGCUGGACUCCCUCGGGCUGCAGGACUAUGUCCAUUCCUUCCUGUCGAGUGGCUACAGCUCCAUUGACACUGUGAAGAACCUCUGGGAACUGGAGCUUGUCAACGUCCUAAAGGUUCACCUGCUUGGCCAUCGAAAGCGCAUCAUUGCCUCCCUUGCAGACCGGCCCUACGAAGAGCCGCCCCAGAAGCCCCCGAGGUUUUCCCAGCUGAGAUGCCAAGACUUGCUCUCCCAGACAUCGUCCCCCCUGAGCCAGAAUGACUCCUGCACUGGGCGGUCCGCAGACCUGCUGCUGCCUCCUGGGGACACAGGCAGGAGGCGGCAUGACUGUCUUCACGACCCUGCAGCACCCUCCCGAGCAGAGCGCUUCAGAAUCCAGGAAGAGCACCGUGAGGCCAAGCUGACCCUUCGGCCCCCCAGCCUGGCUGCCCCCUAUGCCCCCGUGCAGAGUUGGCAACACCAGCCAGAGAAGCUCAUCUUCGAGUCCUGUGGUUAUGAAGCCAAUUAUCUGGGGUCCAUGUUGAUCAAAGAUCUGCGAGGGACAGAAUCCACACAAGAUGCCUGUGCCAAGAUGCGGAAAUCCACCGAGCACAUGAAGAAGAUCCCCACCAUCAUCCUUUCUAUCACGUACAAAGGUGUCAAGUUCAUCGAUGCCUCCAACAAGAAUGUCAUCGCGGAGCAUGAAAUCCGGAACAUUUCCUGCGCGGCCCAGGACCCGGAGGACCUCUGUACCUUUGCCUACAUCACCAAGGACCUACAGACCAGCCAUCACUAUUGCCAUGUCUUCAGCACAGUGGAUGUGAACCUGACCUACGAGAUCAUCCUGACGCUGGGGCAGGCGUUUGAGGUGGCCUAUCAGCUGGCCCUGCAGGCCCAGAAGUCCAGGCCCCUGGGGGCCUCUGCGGCUGAGAUGAUUGAAACAAAAUCUUCCAAACCGGUGCCUAAGCCUCGGGUCGGCAUGAGGAAGUCAGCACUGGAACCAGCCGAUAUGGACCCAGAUGCCCAGUCCCAUGCCAGCGUCUCCUGGGUUGUGGACCCCAAACCAGACUCUAAGCGGAGCCUCAGCACCAAGUAUGAGACCACUAUCUUCUAACCACCCACUCCCUGUCUCCACUAGUCUCACUGUGCCUUGCCAUCCGAUCUUUCUGCUGUUCUCAACUCUCCUUCCAGCUGCUGAUGCCAAGGCCCCACCCCUACUGGGACUGCUCUCCUCCUGGGCAGCAGCUCUAGACACUGCACACUCACAGCUUGUACCUAACACCACCGGACACUGUGAAUACCCCCCUUGGGUGAGGACAGCGUGGGGGGGUGUGUUGCCUUUGAGGUGGGCACCAAGAGGGCUAAGGGGGCCCGUUGCACCCAGGAAGCCUCAGCGGGCAGGCACUGUGAACCUGAGGCCAGGGCGGUCUUCGACAAGAGUCUAAACAGCGCCAGUGCCAGCUCCCUGGGCUCCCUGUCGGCUGUCCUCCCCUGUCUCCUGUGCUGAGCCACAGCCAGGUGCCGCUGCCAAGAGCUAACUGUCUGUCCGCACCUUUCCUGAUACAACCAACCACUGUGACCACCCGGUGCCAGAAUCCCCUUGCGCUCUGCCCACAGCUGGCCUGCGGUCCUGUCCUUUCCUCCUCUGCUCUAAGGUGCUGGCCUCCCCCUGGGAGACCCUGAGCUCAGCGAUGUAGCUUGACCAGGGUCAGACUGCCUUCUGUGAGGGCCCAAGCUCUGUGCCAGGCCCUUGGGCACAUGCCUGACUCCAAAGCAUGGGGCUCUGAGCAUCUGAACACCCUCAGGCUGGCUCCACGCAGCUCGUUUCUAGGUCCUGAUGGGUCUUCCACUCCGAGGAGUGGAUGGCAUGUAUGUGGUCAGCCCUCCUGUCUUCAUCAGUGAGUCACAAGGCUGGCUCUGGAGUCUGGCCCAUCAAGGAGGAAGGCCUUUCUAUAGGACCCAGCAAGAGGGAGGCCUCUGCCCUGCACACACAGCAAACCCUCUUUCCUCACAGAACGGAGCUGCUCCAGGACAGGGACCUGGAUGGAGCAACUUCCGUUGUCCUCCAGGAGCUUUCUGACACUUCUCCACAGUGUGGGGAUCAAAGAUAGUCAGCCGUCACCUGGCCCCUUCCCUGAUCACUGCCCUCAGCCUCUCGACUCCUCGGAGAGGGGAGGCUGUGCACUCCACCACCUCAAAGCAGUUCAGCAGCGGGGACUGUGGAGUCGAGGCUUUGAAGAAGCCGCAUAUUCUCUGGCGUGGGCAGGUCAGCUUAGACGGUAGGAGACAGCAAAGCAGCCGUUCUGCUAGGAAGCAGUGCAAACGUCGCAUAGUCCAGUAGGAAAGCCAGGAAGUUCCGGCAAAUGCUCUAGAGUUGAAACCCAAGCUGAUAAACCAGGGUGGGUCCUCCUGCCUGCCGGCCUGUCCUUGUGCCUUCUCGAGCAGACACUGAGCCAGAGGCGGCAGUGAGCCGGGGGUGCUCGGAGCCAGGCCACCGAGGGCGCUCAGGGGAGGCCGUGAGGGACUUCUGUCUGCUCCUGGGUUUCCUUUCAGUUCCCUCCACCCUCUGCAGGCCCCUUUGGUUAACCCUUUCCUCCCCCCGUUGUGUUUGCUUCUGCCAAGCUGAGCCACUGAGGAACCGACUGUGCUGCGGAAACAGCCGUGGGGGGCACAGGCUCCCACCGCCACCACCACCAUCUCACCUGCAGCUUUGAAGACCCAGGCCCAACCUCUGCCCUAGGACCUCCUCUCAGCUGCUUGGCCUGGGCCUGCCACCACCAGGUCUUACAGAGCGAGCCUUGCCCUGGCUGCAGAGAAGCACUCCAGGCCUCUAGCAGACAGAACUGGCACUCCAGAGGGUCAAGAAGUGACUUGUCCAGAACGUAUUUUUUAAUAGAAAAAUUUUUUUUUUAUAAAAUGAACUUUUAACACUCAGCUCAAACCUCUAGGUUAAACUGCCAAUCUUGAGACAAAUGGCCAUAGGGUCAGAGGACAGGGGAACUGAGAUUGGCUAAGAGGCCAGUCUGUCCAGCCCUCUGUCCUGGGGAUGGGAUCUUGGCAUGGUCUGGAGGGCUGAAGAGAAGGCAGGGCCUGCAGUGAAUUGAAAGCAGCAGGCGCAGGGGCAGAACUGAGGAGGUUUGUCAGAGUCUGCUGCUCAAACCCACCCAAGUUAGCUGCUGUUUCUUAUGAGUGGCACGAUAGCUUGUCCCCAUCUAGAGCUGGACACAGCCUCUUUCAGCAGUAAGAACGCAGCCUUAGGGGCACCUGGCAAAAGUAAAGGCUUCGGUCCGUGUCUAAGGUUCCACAUGUGAAGGUCCAGGGGUCAAAUGGAGAUGAGCGACCAGUUCCUGGUCCCGUGAAGUCUGAGCCAGCCCCUGGCACACCGGGCCGCCCCUGGUCUCUGACCUGCCCGAGUCAGAGCGCUGCCCUGGACUGCCUGGCCCGUGAGCUCUCUGCGACCUCAGACUGCCUGAGUUGAGUGAGAAAGGAGAAAAAGCAGCUUUGUUUUGGGCAUUAAUGGGUAGGUCAGCUAAGAUUGCUACCUGCCAGUUUGUGAUUUGUCUAGUCAGGUGUGUGUGUUCAGGACUCACUGAUUCUCUGAAUUAUUGGUUUGACUGUUGCAUUUUCAGCUGCUCGGCUCAUCCCUGGCUCCAAGUGUAGAGAAGGCUAAAUAAGGUGACAAUUUGAUUCUCCCCCAGUGUGGCCUUCAGGGCAGGCUGGCGUCCUGGUACACCACUGCCGCUUAAGCCCUCUUGCUGGCUUGCUUUGCUUUUUUAACUUUGAUGUGUUCCUCCUCCUAGAGAACAGUAGAAACAAAGGGCCUAAUUCCCGUGUGGCUGGGAGGCAGAGCCAGGUCAGCUGCGUGUCCAGUACCUUCCAGAGCAGGAGCAGAGAGGACGUUUCCUCCCGGGGCCCCUCGGCAGGCAGACCGCAGGCUUUGCUGGCAGGUGCAGUCUGAUCCCAGGAUCCACAUUCCAGGCUUCAGCAGCGCUGCUCUUUCCCAGCAAAGGUUGCGAACAGACCUUCUCUGCUGGUGUGUGCGUGCAGGGACAGUGCCCUGGGGCACACAUUUGAAAGCAGGGCCCUGUGGGUUUCCUCCCUGCUGAGCCGGCCAGGGCUGCAGGCCCUGGGAGUCGCCCCUCCGGAGUAGAGGCAGGUGAUCCUCCACUGCUCAGUACUAAACAGGGACCUCAGCCCUGGGAGUCUGACUUCUCCUGCCUCUUCCAGGGCCUCAAGGAUUCCCAUCAGCUUCCGCUGCGCCCCCCCCCCCCACCCGGCAGUGACAAGGAAGCCUGAGAUGGGUGGGUCGCCGGUGCCGCUCCUGCUGUGGAGCUCGUGCAGGUGCCCUUCCUCCCUCCUGAGCAAGGCCGGGUCUCACCGCGUAGGCUUCUCGAUAGGUGGCAGGUCCCAGCAGAAACUUUGUAGACACUACAAUGAGCUCCUCAAGCUGUCUUUUUGUUUUUAAGUCAUACAUAGGUGUUCCUCCCCUCGAAGCUGCUAUAUCUUCUUUAUUUAUUCAGGGUGUUUUCUUAUUGGAAGCCUUGGCUGGUCUGCUCUGGCUGUGGGUUCUGUUUUGAGAUUGGUUUAUUUCUGAAUAGUCAAGAGAGGAAAGGACUAGGCCUUUCUUUUUCACUCCUCCUCCGGGGCAGGUACUCUGCCUUCCCUAGAAAGGAAUAUUAUAACUUUAAGGACAGGCUUCAAGUGGAAAAGCCCCUGCUUCUGCAUGUCUCUGAGUGCAGGUCACGCGAUGUGGCUGCCCUGUUGCUGCGUUUCUGAGUCGUGCGGGAGCCCGUCCAGGCGGGACUGGAAGUGGGGUCAGCACUCAUCGCCGGCCGCAGGCUCGCUGCUCGCCUCCUUCCUGCUCGCCAGCUCCUCUGGGCAGUAGGACUUCCCUCCCGGCAGGCUCUCCAUCUGUAACUUACGCCUCCGCGUCCCUCUUGGCCUUCAGCCUCAGACUCUAGGGGGAGUCCUCGAGAAGCCUCAGGGUGAGCAGGCAGCAAGCGCAGCUGCAGUCGCCAACACGGCAGAAAGCUAGUCUGAGCUCCGUCAGUUUCUGAGAUGCCCAGGCCUGCAGACUGACUGUCAGAUGCAGUUCGCAGAAGUGUUGUUGCUAAUGGUGUGGCAAUGGGACUGAAUUGUAAUAAAAAUGUUAUUUAAUCUUUGUCUCUGUAUUUUGAUACUUGAAUGACUUCCCCUUUUAUUUUGCUGUACAUAUAAUUGUUAAUCUGUCCGAUUUUGUCUGAAUUACAAACAUCUUGUGGUACCAAACAUAAGCAAUCUGUGCAACAACAUAGAGUGACCUCACUACAUGAGAGCAAGUGUAAAUAUUCCUGGGCUGCCAGCUUUGGUUUUGUUAUUUUCAUAACUGUACAACCUAGAACAGACUGAAUUAAUAAAUGAGAAGCGACGUGAAACCA